AUGGCGGUUGCCAUCGUCGCAGCAGCAGGCGAGAUGGCAGGCUGGGUGGCCCGAGCCUACGGACACAUCAACCCUUUCGGGCGCAACGCCUACAUUGCCCAGAUCGUCUGUCUCAUCCUCAGCCCGGCGUUCAUCAGCGCGGUCAACUACAUGGCGUUCCAGAAUGUCAUGGAUGUGUUUGGCAGCAAAUGGUCGCGCAUCCCACGCAAGUACUACGUGAUUGGCUUUUGCAUCGGCGACCUCUGCUCGCUUGUUGUUCAAGCCGUCGGUGGCGCCCUGUCGGCUGAAGCGACGACACAGGAUCAGGUCGACCUGGGCAAGAACAUCAUGAUUGCCGGUGUCAGCGUUCAGGUCGCUGUCACAGCACCCUUCAUGUGUCUUUACCUCGACUACAACAUCCGCCGUCUUCGCGAGUGGGCCACGUUGCCCAAGAGUGAGCGACCCCAUCGCAAGGUGGAGAUCUUCAACGCAGUCAUCGGCAUCAGCACGCUCUUCAUCCUUGUCCGAUGCAUCUACCGUAUCGUGGAGAUGUCGGAAGGAUGGCUAGGUCACCUGGCAACGACGCCAGUCUACUUUGACAUUCUCGACGGUCUCAUGAUCUUGUUCGCUAUCGGCAUCUUCAUCCCCUUCUACCCAGCAUGGCUGCUGCCAAAGAACAAGGAGGUAGGCGCGGUCUACAACGCAGCCGAUUUUGUCGCUCUGGACGCGCCAGCGACUGCCGAAAAGGAAGGUGCCGGCACCGGCGGGGCGACAGAAGCAUCAUCGCCUUCUACACACAGCUCUCACAGCUCGCACAGCGGUCACAGCCCAGCUUGA